UAAAUAUUGCCCCCUCUUUCUUCUCUAAAUUUUUAGGUUCCUGAGAGGGACCUCAUUUUCAUCUCUAGGGAACAGCAACAACAUUUUCUCUUCUUGACUCACUUUCCUGACCCUUUCUCUAAAUCCACACCAGGUUUUGGGAAUGGAUGAGGUCAAGAAACCAGGGAGUCAUUUGACAUCACCUGCAGCUUUUGUGGAAGGAGGAAUUCAAGAUGCCUGUGAUGAUGCUUGCAGCAUUUGUCUCGAGGCUUUCUGCGAAAGCGAUCCUCCCACGGUAACUAGCUGCAAGCAUGAGUUCCAUCUCCAGUGCGUCCUGGAAUGGUGUCAGAGAAGUUCUAAUUGUCCAAUGUGUUGGCAGUCGAUAAGUCUGAAAGAUCAGAUGAGUCAAGAAUUGUUUGAGGCUGUGGAACAAGAAAGGAGUUUUAGAGUUAAUGCAGAAAGAAAUGCUUCACUAAUUCACCUUCCUGAACUGGGAAAUUUUGAAUUACAGCAUUUCCCUGUGGAUAUUGAUGAUCCUGAACUUGAAGAGCGCAUCUUUCAGCAUUUGGCUGUUGCUGCUUCAAUGGGAAGGGCUCAUCAUGCGGGUCGAAGAGAGAGCUCAAGAAAUCGCUCAUCCACCAAUGACCGUCCACAAUUUUUAGUCUUUCCAACUCAUCAUAAUUCAUCACCUACCGCUUCUGUUUCACCUUAUCCUACCGGAUCAACUUCUGAUCCUGCUGCAACCACAAUAGUUGAUUCCCCUCUUCCCAUUAGCUCCGGUAGCAGUGAAUCACCACGACAGAUGCCUCACCUUUCAUCUGGUUCUGUUCUAACGCCAGCCACAACACAAGGAAUAUCUACUGGUGAUAGAAGCUCUUCUAAUUUGUCUUUGGCACCAAGCCAAGGUAGAGCUGGACCAUCAGAGUUCCAGUCAUUAUCAGACUCCUGGAAAUCUCGAUUUAGUUCCCUCUCAAUGAAAUAUAAAGAAUCAAUCUCAAAGAACACACGAGGGUGGAAGGAGAGAUUGUUUUCUCGAAGUUCUUCGAUGCCAGAUGCUGGUUCUGCUAGGAGAGGGGGGAAUCCUGGAAUAGCUAGUCUAUCUCACCUGAUGGAACGCCUUGAAACUCAAGAAAAUAGUAGAGCUGGUUCUGUUUCAGCAGUUACUAAUAUAGUGGAUUCUUCACAUACAUUACAGAGAGACCAUGGUAAUAUGGGUACUCAUAUUGGAAAUGGAUUGAACAGAAACUCAACAGCUUCUGCUGCAAGUUCAGCUCAGAAUUAAGUCUUCUAUUUAAGCAUUUACCUGGCAUCGGUCCUCAGCAUCUGAUCUUUGAAUGUUAUGAACUUUGCCGGCGUUCAAAUAUGACAUGCUGAUGACGAGAUAUUUUCAUUCAGUCUCUGGAGAAAGGACGAAUAGCAGUUGCAACAUGAAUGUGAUUUACCUGUAAAUUUGUUUAUAAACGUUAACGCGAAUCAAAUGUUGAAACGUUUCCACUAGAACCUGGUAGAGAUUGUGUUGGGUAUUUACCAGACACUACUUGUUUUAUUGACAGAAUUAUGUUUUGGUUAUUAUAUAAACCUUACAUA